AUGGGAGACAUUGGACCCACGCCCAAAGUGGCUAUCGUGACCGGUGCAACCUCCGGCAUCGGCAUCGACAUCGCCAAAGACCUCGUGUCCAGAGGCUACAAAGUCGCCGUCGUGGGGCGGCGGGCGGCGGCGGGCGAGCAGAUCGCAGCGUCGCUCGGCAGCGCCGACCAGGCGUGCUUCUUCGCGGCGGACGUGUCGUCGUACGCGUCGCAGGCGGCCAUGUUCCGUUCGGUGUGGGCGCGCUGGGGCCGCAUCGACGCGCUGUGCGCCAACGCGGGCAUCGUCGACCAGUCGUCGGCGUACCUGCUGGACUGGCGCGAGCGCGGCGUCGACGACGUGCCGCCGGCGCCCGACCUGGCCUGCACCGACGCCGACUGGAAGGGCGUCGUCUACGGCGCCCGCCUGGCUGCCCACUUCAUGCGCCACAACAACCCAUCACCCGGCGGCAAGAUCGUGGUGACGGGCAGCCUCGGCGCCCUCUUCCCGCACGAAGCUUACCCGGAGUACUGCGGGGCCAAAGCGGCUGUCGCGCAGUUCGUGCGUGGCGUCGCUCCGCUGCUGAAGGAGAAGGAUAAUAUUGCUAUCAAUGUCGUGCAUCCGGGCAUCGUGGAGACGCCCAUCGUGCCGCCGGAGAUGAUACAGGCCGUGUCGCGGGAAUGUCUCACCCCGGUUGAGACGGUGUUGAAGGGGUACAGGAUGUUCUUGGACGACGAAACGGGGAUGACGGGCAAGAAUUUAGAGGCGUCAGGCGACAAGCUCAACUUCUACGAAUUGCCAGAGAUGCUGAAUGGAAGGGUGACGAAGCGGUCUGUCACCGUGUGGGAGCCGCUGUUUGCCAUGAUGCAUCAUGAGAAGUCGGGCUUGCCUGAUGCAAUUGAGUAA